CCGGGGGGCGGGGACCAUGGGCGCCUCGGCUUCCCGGGGCCGGCCAGCCCGGGUCCCCGCGCCGGAGCCCGACCCCGAGGAGGCGCUGGACCUGAGCCAACUGCCGCCCGAGCUGCUCCUGGUGGUGCUGAGCCACGUGCCCCCGCGCACGCUGCUGGGGUGCUGCCGCCGGGUGUGCCGGGGCUGGCGCGCCCUGGUGGACGGCCAGGCCCUGUGGCUGCUCAUCCUGGCCCGCGACCACGGCGCCCUGCUGCCGCUCGCCCGCAGCUGCCUGCCCCCCGCCCGCGACGGCGGGCCCUGCCUCCUGGGCCGCUUCUGCGAGCGCCGGCCGAUCGGACGCAACCUCAUCCGCAACCCCUGCGGCCAGGAAGGCCUCCGGAAAUGGAUGGUGCAGCACGGCGGGGACGGCUGGGUGGUGGAGGUGAACAGGUCCACGGUGCCUGGGGCCCCCUCGCAGACCUGCUUCGUGUCAUCCUUCAGCUGGUGUCGCAAAAAGCAGGUCUUGGAUCUGGAGGAGGAGGGUCUGUGGCCGGAGCUGCUGGAUAGUGGCAAGAUCGAGAUUUGCGUCUCCGACUGGUGGGGAGCCCGACACGACAGUGGCUGUAUGUACCGACUCCUUGUCCAGCUUCUAGAUGCCAACCAGACCGUCCUGGAUAAAUUCUCUGCCAUGCCUGUUCCCAUCCAGCAGUGGAACAACAACGUCUGCUUUCAGGUCACCCACGUGUUCUCCAACCUCAAGAUGGGCGUCCGCUUUGUGUCUUUCGAACACUGGGGCCAGGACACUCAGUUCUGGGCUGGUCACUAUGGAGCCCGUGUGACCAAUUCCAGUGUGGUUGUGCGGGCCCGGCUGUCUUAGUGGAGGGCCGUCCUUGCAGAACAACCUGACUGGUGCCUUCCAGGACCUGGGGACCAUCGGCCAGAACUUCUCAUUAACCAAGGGCAUGUACCUCCUCUGCAUCCCAGGUACUCUAGGAUUCCUUCGAGGGUCCUGCUGGGCCCCCUCUUUGGGUUCUGGAAACUUCUAGAGGAAAGUUCUUCCUUCAGAGCUACCUACUGCUGUCAUGGGGCAACCCUUCCCCCGUUGGUGAGCAUGGAGGAAUGCCAGUUCUAGACAGGGCUCUUCACCCUAACCCCCGCCCAGGCCCUCUGGUUCAGCCCCCAUCCCCUCUGUCCUGUCUCCUGUCCUUUCUGCUUUCAGGGGCUUGGUCGGUCCCUUUAGAGAAGGCCUCUCACCUCUGACGUAUGAUCUUGUCCUUAUGGCUGGGAAGAUUCCAGCCACCUUGGGUGGCAAACAACCUCCCGCAGCCUCAAGGCCGGGACCAGGCCUCACAGCUCAAAAAGUGUUUGGAGAUCCUCCAGGACCCCUGUGAUUGUAUGGUGUAUAAAAUUAUUUUUUAUUUUGAGACUUUCCGCAAACAUUGAGAGAAUAAUAUAUCAGCAACACAAUCUGCCAAUCAUACACAAUAAAUUUAUUAUUUUGCCAAAA